AUGCUCUUCAAGCUGCUGCUCAUCGGCGAUUCCGGAGUCGGAAAAACCUGCAUUUUGUACCGAUUUUCCGAUGACGCCUUCAACACGACGUUCAUCUCCACCAUUGGUUUGUUGAUUCCUUUUUUUUUCUUUUUAUCAUUUCUUUUAAAGGAAUCGACUUCAAAAUCAAGACGAUCGAGUUGAAGGGCAAGAAGGUCAAGCUUCAGAUUUGGUUAGUGGAAAAGAAAAUGUUUUUGACUGAAUAUAAAAAAUUUCAAAGUGACAUUUAAUAAGUUCCAUCAGUCCCUUAAGUAACCACUUCAAUUUUUGAAAUGAUCUGAUUUUGACGAAGGAAAACCCGUUUUUCAUCAUAGUUUUCCUGCGAAGAUUAUAGAGAUCACUCGCUUUUUCUAGUGGUUUUUAAAAAGAUUAAGAUGGAAAAAAACAAAUUUAAAUGGAAAGAAAUACUAAUUGAAGACAGAAAAAAAGCGCUAAAAAUCAUUAUUCACUUUGUUAUUUCUUAAGAAUUAUCUGUGUGAGUUUUUAUUGAAAAAAAAGAUGUUUUUCUUGUUGCGGAAAAAAAUUUUUGAGGAACCUUUCCCGUCCCGUUUACUAACAUAAAAAGAAGAUUUUUUGCCUGGAAUAUAAGUAUUUUCCAGGGACACGGCCGGCCAGGAACGUUUCCACACGAUCACCACUUCAUACUACCGGGGCGCCAUGGGAAUCAUGUUAGUCUACGACAUAACGAACGCCAAAAGUUUCGACAACAUUGCGAAAUGGCUGCGGAAUAUCGACGAGGUCAGCCCCUCGAUAAUUUUGAAGUUUCAGGGGGUUUUUUCAAAUUUUUUAGACGGAGUUGUUCCUUAAGGCUGCAAAUUAUUCGCAAAAAAAUGCAUAAAAAUUAAGUUUCAAAUGAAAAAAAUGACUGAGAAGCCGAUAAAUGGUUUUUAUUUCCGAAUACGGAGCUUUUCCUCAUAACUGAGAAAAAUUUUUUUAGAAAUUUAAAUGUAUUUUGAUUGUCUUAAAAAUGUCUUUAAGUGCAAUGAAUUUGGAAUAAAAUGCACAAGAAAAUGGGAAAAAAAUAAAAAAAUGUAUACUGCUCAAAAAUUGGCUUUCUGAAGUUUUUUAGUGUACUAGGUUUCCUAAGGAAAACGUGGAAAAAGUGAUUUACAUAGCCUUUUUUUUUUUAGAAAACUGGCCGAAAAUUAACUCUUUGUGACUUUUUUGGGGUAUUAGGUUACCGUUAAAAAAACCUUAAAAAGGGUUUUAUAAAACCCUAAAAAGGGCUUUAUAGUCUUUUUCGGAAAACUGAUCAAAAAAUGGUUCUUUCGAGGUACUUUGGACUUUUUGCGUACUAGAUCGUUAAGAAAAACUCACGAAAGGUCUUUUUCAUAAGCUUUUUUGGAAAGAUGAGCAAAAAUAGGCUUUUUCGAGGUCCUUUGAAGUUUUUUUUUGAACUAGGUUAUCCAUAAAAAAACUUAGAAAAGAUUAUUCUUAUAGCUUUUUUCGGAAAAUUGAUCAAAAGUUGACUUUAUCGAGGUCCUUUUAAGUUUUUUAGUGUAUUAGAUUGUUAAGGAAAACGUUGGAAAGGUGAUUUUCAAAGCCUUUUCCCGAAAACCUAUCAAAAGUAGGUAUCUCUAAGGUCCUUUGAACUUUUUCGUGUACCAGGCUACUAAGAAAAAGUAGAAAAGGUAUUUUCAUAGGCCCUCAAAAAAAAAGCUGACAAAAAAUGGCCUUUUCGAGGUCCUUUGAACUUUUUUGUCUACUAAGCUACCGUUUUGAAAAAAUAGAAAAGGGUGAUUUCCAGCACGCGUCUGAAGACGUCGUGAAGAUGUUGUUGGGCAACAAGUGCGACAUGACCGAGAGAAGGGUCGUCAGCCGGGAACGGGGCGAGAAAAUCGCUGCUGAUCAUAAUAUCAAGUAUGUUUGUUUAACCCCCCUUCAAGUACCACCUCUACGCGGUGAUGGGGAGGCAACGCCAUUUAUGGCGGCUAACGGUACACCGGUCACGCAAUUCGGCUUGCUUCUGCUAACAGAAUGGGCGGUCUUUUUUAGCCCUGGCAAGGCAAAAAGGAUAAUAAGACCACAAUUAUGCUAUAACACGUUCAACACCACGGAUGGAACUUUUUCGCAAGAAUACCAGUCAACCAGGACGACAACACUGGAUGACCGAUUGCAUAAGACCUCCUGGAAAACGUGUGGUCCACGCUUCGAUCAAUAAAGCAAUAAAAGGUCGAAAGCGAAGAUGGACCAUCUAAGUAUCUAAGUAAGUAAGUAAGUAGUUUGUUUUAAAUCGAACUCAUAGAUGUGCGGAAAAACUUUUACUGUGUACCCAAAGGCCUAUGAAUCAAUUUAAUAAUUAUAAAAAACAAUUCUUUGUAAAAAAUAAUCGCUUUCCAAGGGUUUUGGCCUCAAGGUAAAAUACAGGUGAUCUUUGAAAGAUAUGAAAAAUAUUAGGUGAUUUUUAUGAAUUUUAAAAGAAUGGCUUGAUAAAUGAUGUGCACAGACUUGAGUUAUACAGGUAAAUAUUCAAAUUUCAAAAAGGUAAUGGCAAAAGAAGUUAGCGACAAAAGGACUCGAACCUUGGUCAUACACCCCGCAGGCUACCGAUCUAGCCACUGCACCACGCUUCCGAUGGCUGUUAGCCUUAUUCAUUCCAAAAUUAAGGCGUUUAAGGAUGAAAAAUUCAAAAAAAAAAAUCAUAUCUUUAAAACGAAAAGUUUACUAUGUGUGAUUCUCGGCCCAUAAAAAAUUGUUCGAGCAAAUUUAUAGGAAAUUCCAAAUCCUACGCUGAGAAAAACUUUUUUUAAAAAUCCUUUUUUCUAUAUUUUUUUAAUCAAUAUAUUUUUUAGGUUCCUCGAAACGUCGGCAAAAAUGAACGUACACAUCGACACGGCCUUCUACGACCUCGCCGAGGCGAUUUUGGAGAAGGUACUGUGAAAAAAAGUUUCGUCUGCACACACGCUACGACACAUUGCGGACUAGUGCCCUUGGAAACGGCUAGAGUGGUCCCUAGAGCGGCAGCCGAACGUUUCCCCCCACCUUACCUCUACUAGGUGGUGCUUGCAAAAGUGGCUACUUGAGGGAUAUAGGUAGUGACCACUCUAGGGAAGAAUUUCAGUCAUUUAUGGAUCCAUAAGAAGAAACAUUUCCAUGCCAAAAUCUUAAUAAAUUAGCGUUUUUGACUGAAAAAUAUCGAGAGAGGAUUACUCGACCCCUAUAGGGACCACUUGAGUUUCAGGAGCUUAGGAGUCAUAUCCUGAACCCCUAUAGGGACCACUUCAGCUUUGAGAGCUUAGGAGUCAAGCCGUGAUUCCCUAGAGGGACCACUUGAGCUUCAGGGACUAGGAGCUGAACUCUAAACUUCUAUAGGGACUACUUGAAUUUUAGCCUCCUGCUGUGAAAUCUCGGAUAUGUAGCCGUAGGAUUUUGUUAUUUUAAGGACUACUAGAGUGGUCCCUAGGGGUCAAGUUUCUAGUUGCCCCUGUAGUGCCUUCUUAAAGGUUCACUAGAACGAUGAAGCCCCCAAGGGCGGAGCGUAGUAGUUCCUAUCAAACUCCCUAUAGGGGCCACCUCAACUUACCUAGGUGGUAAAGCUCGCAAAAGUGGCUACUUUAGGGAUCUCAAGUAGUGACCACUCUAGGGGAGUAUGUUAGCUGUUUAUUAGUAUAUAAGAAGUUCUACUUAAGUUUUAGCCUCCUAUUGAGAAAUUUCGGAUAUGUACUCAUAGGAUUUUGUUAUUUUAAGACCCCUAGAGUGGACAAUUAUAAGAUCCCUGAAGGGGUCAAGUUUCUAGUUGCCCCUGUAGUGCCUUUUUUAGGGUCCACUGAAACGCUGAAGCUCAAUUUUUCUCUUAGGCAGAGCUUGGGGGGUCCCUAUCAAACUCCCUAGAGGGACCACUCCAAAGAUUCUCAGUAGAGAACACUACUUGGUCCAUUAAAGGGACUGUUUCUUUCCCUAACCCCUCUAGGGACCACUUUGAAGUUCCUUUUGUUCAUUUUUCCUUUUUUCAGAUGCCGAACCAGCCGGAAGAGCCGCGCGGCGUGACCGUCCAAGCCAACAACGGUCCGACUUCUUCCGGAGGCUGCUGUUAG